AUGGCUCGCCACGGGGAUACUCGCUCACCAUCACCUGUAGGCAGCACGCAUUCGUCAUCAAGACGGAGUCGCAGAGAUGAUGAUCGUUACGAGAGGACCAAGCGUGAUGAUGGACGGAGUUAUCGGCGAUCGCGCAGCCCGGAGAGGCGCUACCGUGAGCGUGACCGUGAAUCAUAUCGGCGACGGGAACGGUCGAUAGCUCGGCGCGACGACUAUCGUGAUGAAGAUAGCUAUCGACCAAUUCGAAGAGACCGUUCGCGCGACCGGCGACGGUCCAGAGACAGAGGCGAUGACCGGGACUACCGUCGUAGAAGUCGUGAACGGGAUUUUCGAUGCAGGCGAGAUGACUCCCGCGACAGGGCUCGGAGACGAGCAGAUGAUUCUACUGACUUGAAACACAAGUCUAGACGGGAUAGCAGCCGAGACCGACCUAAGGACUCGGCUUCCCGAUCUCGCGAGACAUCGAAACCGGCCACCCCCGCGCCAACAGCCGUUCCGACCGAUGAAGAAAAGAGGGCCGAAAGACUGGCGAAGUUGGAAGCUUGGAAGCAGAAACAAGCCGCAGAGAGGGAACGCAAGCAGCGCGAAGCUGCGGCAGCUGGUGGAGCGAGAAGUCUUCUAGACGAGAUUGACCGCAAGUCGGGUUUAUCUCCGGCAGUUGGUUCUCCCCAGUCACCCGCGACGCCGAGCACCACCGCCGACGCAACUCCUGCCCCGUAUGCUGGAAAGUUUGACCCCAAAGCUAUUGCGAAGAGUGCAGCGCCAGCUCAAGCUGCUUCGAAUGUGUUGGGAGAUGAUGUCGCGGUCCCUACUGCUGUUAAGGCUUCCGCCACCUCCACUACUACUAAGGUGCAAGCUAACAAGCCAUCCACUGCAAGCAAAGCGUCAGCCCCCUUGAAAGCGAAGGGAGUUGUCGGCCGGUUUGGCCUUGGCACAAAACAGGCCGCCGAUAUGGAGAAAUCCUCGGCGACCAAGACUUUAGGGUUUGGAGAAGAAGAAUCCACGCGCCGGAAACUGGAAAGAUUGCCCACACCACCUCUCGAUGAUGCCAAUGAUACGAAUAAGCCAGAGGAUAACGCCGAGGAUGACGAUGAUGUUGACAUGCACGAGGGUGACACUGAGGAACAGACUGCCGCAGCGGCUCGUGCGGCCGCUGAGAGGCGAGAAGAGCGCCUCCAAAAUGAAGCGAGCAAGACAAAUGGCGAUACCACUAUGAACGAUGCGCCUCACUCACAAGAAGGGGAGAAAAUGGAAGUGGACGCCAAGGAGGAGGAGGAAAUCGAUCCUCUCGAUGCCUUCAUGUCCGAGCUGGUAGAAACAGCGCCUCCGAAGAAGACCACGGGUGCAAAAUUUUCCAAGGCAAAGGAACAGCAACCCGAAGCCAUAUUCGGUGACGAGAAUGACCCGGAUAUUACUGCCGUCGGUGAGGGUGAUGCUGAUGACUUUCUGGCUAUUGCCAACAAGGCGAAAAAGAAGAAAGACAUCCCUAAGGUCGACCACGCCAAGAUGGAGUAUGAACCCUUCCGGAAGAAAUUCUACACCGAACCUUCCGAUCUGGCGCAAAUGUCAGAAGGGGAGCUGGCCAGUCUGCGCCUGGAACUUGAUGGCAUCAAGGUCCGCGGUGUUGACGUCCCCAAACCGGUUCAGAAGUGGUCCCAGUGUGGUCUAGGCGUGCAGACGCUGGAUGUUAUUGAUAGAUUGGGUUACGAGAACCCAACAUCAAUCCAAUCGCAAGCAAUCCCAGCCAUUAUGUCUGGUCGUGAUGUGAUCGGUGUGGCCAAGACCGGCUCUGGUAAAACCGUCGCCUUCUUGAUUCCCAUGUUCCGUCACAUUAAAGACCAACGGCCAUUGGAAAAUAUGGAGGGCCCGAUUGGCUUGAUUAUGACGCCGACACGUGAGCUAGCUACGCAGAUCCACAAGGACUGCAAGCCAUUCCUGAAGGCCUUGAAUCUUCGUGCUGUGUGUGCCUAUGGUGGUGCCCCUAUCAAGGAUCAGAUUGCUGAGCUGAAGCGGGGCGCCGAAAUCGUGGUCUGUACUCCUGGACGGAUGAUUGACCUUCUCGCUGCAAAUGCGGGUCGUGUUACUAACCUACGAAGAGUGACGUACGUUGUGCUCGACGAAGCUGAUCGUAUGUUUGACAUGGGCUUCGAACCGCAAGUGAUGAAGAUCAUGGCCAAUGUACGACCUGAUCGGCAAACUGUUUUGUUUUCGGCUACAUUCCCUCGCAAUAUGGAAGCGCUGGCUCGCAAGACUCUUAACAAGCCUGUGGAAAUCGUUGUCGGUGGAAAGAGUGUUGUCGCGCCCGAGAUUACACAAAUUGUUGAAGUUCGCAACGAAGACAAGAAGUUUGUGCGCCUUCUUGAGCUGCUCGGAAACUUGUAUUCCAGCGACGAGAACGAGGAUGCUCGUGCUCUAAUCUUCGUUGAGCGCCAAGAGGCAGCCGAUACACUCCUCCGCGAGUUAAUGCGAAAAGGUUACCCAUGCAUGUCAAUCCAUGGAGGUAAAGACCAGAUUGACCGUGACUCCACUAUUGAGGAUUUCAAGGCGGGUAUCUUCCCGGUUCUAAUUGCCACUUCCGUUGCGGCUCGAGGACUAGAUGUGAAACAACUCAAGCUGGUCGUCAAUUACGACGCACCCAACCAUUUGGAAGAUUAUGUGCAUCGUGCUGGACGAACGGGACGUGCUGGAAAUACAGGAACGGCCGUCACCUUCUUGACCGAGGAUCAGGAGCGGUUUUCCGUUGACAUCGCCAAGGCGCUGAAGCAGAGUGGGCAGAAGGUCCCGGAGCCAGUUCAGCAGAUGGUGGACUCCUUCCUGGAGAAAGUCAAGGCCGGAAAGGAGAAGGCUAGUGCAUCCGGAUUCGGUGGUAAAGGUCUGGAACGCCUCGACCAGGAGCGAGAUGCUGCACGCAUGCGUGAACGGCGAACAUACAAGACGGGCGAGGAAGGUGAAGAGGAAGAGGAGAAGGAAGAGAAGAAUGAACAGGCAGAGGAACGCUUCAACAAGGUCCUUUCUUCGGUGCAGUCGGCCUCGGCUCCGUCCCUACCCGGUGUUCCGAAGGGUAUUGAUCUGGAUGGAAAGAUCACUGUCCACAGGACCGAGAAGGAUGCCAAUGGUGCCAAGAACCCAUUGGACAAGGUCGGUUCUGCUGUUGCCGAUAUCCACGCUCGCUUGAGCCGUGCUGGUGUCAUGAGAUCUGGUGUGCCCAUUGACAAUCGCGGGCCGGACGCGGGUGCGUUCCAUGCGACAUUGGAGAUCAACGACUUUCCCCAGAAAGCUCGUUGGGCCGUUACCAACCGUACGAAUGUUGCCAAGAUCCUCGAAGCCACUGGGACUUCCAUCACCACGAAAGGCAGCUUCUACCCGACAGGCAAGGAGCCCGGACCAGGAGAGAACCCGAAGCUGUAUAUUCUUGUUGAGGGUGAGACUGAGCUGGCUGUAACGAACGCGAUGCGCGAAUUGAUGCGGUUGUUGAAGGAGGGUACGCUGGCUGCGGCGGAUAGUGACGCGAGAGCGCCAGUGGGAGGCAGGUAUAAUGUGGUGUAG